GUUCCCAAUAUCGGCGGCUCCUAUCCUGAGGCAACUCCCUUCGUUCUAUUUAAACGUGGCUUUCUUGUGACUUAUUGAUUUUUUGCUAUAUAGUUCCAGUCUACUAAGUUAGCGGCGCUAUUGUAUCAUCUGACGUCAUUUGUUUGUAAACUGGGAGAGGUCUGUUGACCACACCGAAACAGCCCAUCGAAUAUCGAAUGCUGUGCUCGUUCUUCAACGGGAAAAAGUUCACGCGGAGGAACGCGCGCUCUACUGUGACAGCCUCGAAUGUGUGUCUCGAUCGUGGAUCUCUUGCAGAUAUCGAAGUGCCUGUACUAUAAAUUUGUGAAGUUCCCACUGUUUGGCGGCACUGAAAGAUUCUCUGGGACCCUCCAGUCAUCGCUUGGACUACUUUUGACAAGUCCGCAAAGUAUAGCACAUUCCUGUAAAGAGGAAAGACUGACACCUGUCUGACCUCGGCGCCCACACUGCCAUAAUUCGAGCAGCUGUCUGAGAGAAGGAAAGUCACUGGUAUCGAACCAGUUUGGAGAAAGACCGGUCUCCCGUAUACGUUAUGCCACAAACUCCCAGUCACUCUUCAUCAUGACUUCGCUGCUGUCUCUCAUCGCUGUGGUCCUCGCUGUGCUGUGCGCGUUCAGCGGUGCAUCUCCCGCAAGAGAGACCCAGCGGCAAUCGGUGAAACCCGUGAUCAAAAACUACUUCACUACAGACAGAACACGAGUGUCCCUGACGUGCGAACCUGACCGAUUCCUCGUGAAGAUAAACCUUACGUAUCCAUUUCGAGGCGUAGUCCACGCGGGCCGUAAGGACAGUAAGUGCAAGAUCCGAGGAGACGGUGCCCGCUUCUACGUCCUGAGCGUUCCGCUGACCGGCUGCGGUACGACCCACAACGAAACCAGCGGUAGCUUUACAAACAGCCUGACGAUACGCUUCCACCCAUCGCUUGAACUGGAGGGCGAUGAGAUCAAGACUCUAGUAUGCAAGUUUACCACGGGCGACGUUAACCUGGGAUGAAGAGCGACAGUAUAUGCUGUCGCUGUGCUCCAUGUGCUGUUACUACGUGCGGGCUGCCCUUCACGACGACUCCACGUCUGCAAGAAAUAAAUGGAGGCGUCCCGUCAUCUGAACGCCGUUGCUGUGGGUGCUGCAGCUGAAGGACUCGCUAUAGGUUGUGCUUGAUUCCAGUGUAACAUACAAGGACUCAAGUGGUCGUAAUGUUAUUUAUUACCUGCUUUCUGGAAUCGUGCCACGUUUGGACUUUGGAUGAAAAUAUACUGGCAGGUGGUAACUGCCGACGUCGACCAGGUGGUUCUGCACCAACUGUACUUUUUUUGCCGAACACAGCCAUGUUUCCAUUCGUCUACCAUGCGGUUGCAUUUUUCCGGGUUCAGCGGUCGUUUUGGCGUUACGGUUAGGUGUAGGGUUAAAUUAGUUAAGUUAACGUCAUUAAUUUAAUUGCGUUAUUAAUGUAUAGUAAUAAUAAUAAUUCGUGGAUAUACGUCGCGAGACUACGCGACGUCACAGGGGUCGUCGGUCUGUGGAUUAAUUUGGGCCACCUGAGGGUAUUAAUUAUGAUGUUAAUUUAGUGUAACAUAGCAUUAAUUUAUGUAAUUAGUAAAAUAAGGUGAAAUAAGUAAAUUAAAAGCCACCACGGUAAAUUCUA